UCCACCUCAUCGUAGGGGAUGUGCAUGCAUACUUUACACAUCCCACUUAAUAUCACGACACCCACACAACGGGCCUCCCACGCGUCCAGUUUAGGCCCUCCCAUGGAAUUAAGCCCCUGUGUUAACUCGCUACUAAAGAAGCGUUGCCCUCUUCCCCGUUAGGCAUCACCCUGCAUUAGUAAACAACCCUCAGUUAAUAUCACAACCCUGCACAGAUCAACUCAUACACAGUGAGGACCACUCUCCGUUUUUGUGCUUCUCUUGUUUUGGUUUAUCAAGAAACCAAAGUUUCAAGAAAAGGAUGAGCAUUCAGGAGGACGUCAAGCAGCAGCACCUGGCCGGCCCGGGACCCAUGUCCCCAGCCCCAUCCAGUACCAAGAAAACCCCGAGGAUGCCCAAGUGUUCCCGAUGCAGGAACCACGGAUACAUGUCUCCCCUGAAGGGACAUAAGCGUUUUUGCAACUGGAGAGAUUGCCAAUGUCCGAAAUGCAAACUUAUUGCAGAGAGGCAGAGAGUAAUGGCGGCUCAGGUGGCCCUACGUCGUCAGCAGGCCCAGGAAGAGGAGCUUGGGAUAUGUAGUCCCAUAACGCUGUCCAGCUCUGACAUGGUGGUGAAGAAUGAAGCGGGUGGCAACUGCUUGUAUUCAGUGGAGGGCUGCUCCCCUACCACGUCCUCCAGCUUCUCUGCAUCAACCCCCAUCAAUGGGGGCAGCCCUUCCUCAUCCUCCAGCCCCCCCGUCAAGCCCCAGGCCGAAGGGACCUCUGACCUGACGGUGGACGCCUACUACAACUUCUACCAGCCCAGCCGCUACCCUGCCUACUACAACAACCUGUACAACUACCAGCAGUACCCGUCCAUGACCGGCAGUGAGGGCCGUCUGAUGGGCCACAACGUGUCCCCCCAGUACCGCAUGCACUCCUACUACUCGGCCGCCUCCUACCUGAGCCAGGGCCUGGGUACCCCCUCCCUGGGUACCCCGGCCUGCGUCCCCACCGCCACCCCCCUGCCCAUCUUCAGCCUGGACGACAACAACAACUGCACCGAGGCCAGGAUGGCUGCCUAUUCUCCAGGUGCUGGCGGCGGCGGCGGCGGUCACGACUCCUCCAUGGCCUGUCUCUCCAUCAGCUCCCUGGGCUCCUCCGGGGGCAAGGGGGUUUGUGACGUCGCCGGUGGGUCGUCCAACUACUCCGUCGACUCCAUCGCCCGGGAUGGGGCCAAGUGAAGCCCCUUCUAGGGCUUUGUUUUUUCCGAGGGCGGUACUGUUGUGUUGUUAAAGGCCUUCAUUGUGGUCCUUUCAAGGGUUUAGUU